AUGAGUGCAUCACCGAGCGUACAGGAUCUCAAGAAGGAGAAAACACAAAGCACUGCUAGAGAUGAAAGUUAUCCAGAAAAAGUGGACGGGGCAAAAUGCAGAACCAAAAGGAGAAGCACCACCACUACGCCCAAGAAAAGGACAAGAGAAGAAGUUGAGGAGAAGCGAAUGCGCAGAUACAGAAGUAAACCUCCAGCGUCUUUCCUCGUUAAGCUCAAGCGAGCCCAGACUCAACGCAUGAUUGUGCUAGGUCGCAAAAGGAACAUCAUGGCGGGAGCCCCGUCUGAAGACAUUGACAUUGUGGGUUCGACAGGAAACAUCUACACUGUCACCAUCAGCCGUUCGCCGACCUGCACAUGUCCUGACUCGCUCAGAGGCAAUGAGUGCAAACACAAAGUCUACGCUCUUCACACUGUCCUCAAAGCGCCUUUGCAUCUUCAGUACCAACUUGCCCUCCUGACCUCGGAGCUCGAAGAAAUCUUUGCCCAUGCGCCUCCAAUCCCUACCGAUCUCUCCGAAGACUCAAAGGGCAGCCGCAAGCCUACCGAUGGAGAAUGUCCAAUCUGCUACAUGGACCUUGAUGAGGAGCACAACGAGCUGGUCUGGUGCAAAGCGCAAUGUGGACACAACAUACACAAGUCAUGUUUUAACCAGUGGGCGAAGAGCCAAGCGGGGAAGGGCGUGCGUUGCGUCUACUGUCGAACACCUUGGGAGACGGAUAUCCCAGACGCUGAAGCGCUCAAAAGGGCUGGCGAACAUACCGAAGACGGCUACGUCAAUGUUGCCGGUCACUUUGGCAUCUCCAGGGCGAGAGAAUACUCAGGCUAUUAUCAACCCUGGGUGCGAAGCCGGUUUGGACAGCGCUGGUGA